AUGAUACUUACACCUAUGCUAAUGGUUCAAGAAAUGUGUAGAGAAUUUGCACUAGAUUUUAAUAGGCAUCAAAUCAAGAUGAAACCAGCUAAAUUAAUAUAUGAUGAGGAUUGGAAAGAAUCAAAAGAAGAUAUUAAACGCGUGAUCAAAGAAAUUCUUAAUGUCUUAAAAGAUAUUUGGAAUAAUUCAGCAUUCAGCUCUGAACUUGCAAAAACUUUAAAUGAAGGGACAUACCAAUUGAUAGUUAUAGUAUCUGCUAUUCGAGCAUUGUUGAAAAAUCUUCCUAUUGGAGACUCCUUUAUUAGUACAUCAGAGAAGCAAAGUAUUGCAAGUGCUAAUAGAAAGGGAGAAGGUUAUAUGAGGAGACACCUAGAUAUUAUGCUUGUAGUGAAAUAUCUGGAGACAGUUUUUGAACUUAUGUAUGUAGAAUGCUCUCGAUUAAUUUGUACCCCACAAAAAAAAACUGACGAUGAGAUUAAGUUAUGGCAAGAGACUAAUGACAGACUAUAUUGGAUACAUCAAAGUCUUAAACCAGAUAAAGAUCAGUUUGGUAUUGUAG